AUGAUCAGUAGCAGUAGCCAAAGCAGCAGUAACAGUAUCAGUAGCCAGAGCAACAGUAACAGUAGCAGUAGUCACAGCAGCAAGAACAGUAGCAGUAGCCACAGCAGCAAGAACAGUAGCAGUAGCCACAGCAGCAAGAACAGUAGCAGUAGCCACAGCAGCAAGAACAGUAGCAGUAGUCACAGCAGCAAGAACAGUAUCAGUAGCCACAGCAGCAAGAACAGUAGCAGUAGCCACAGCAGCAAGAACAGUAGCAGUAGCCACAGCAGCAAGAACAGUAGCAGUAGCCACAGCAGCAAGAACAGUAGCAGUAGCCACAGCAGCAAGAACAGUAGCAGUAGCCACAGCAGCAAGAACAGUAGCAGUAGCCACAGCAGCAAGAACAGUAGCAGUAGCCACAGCAGCAAGAACAGUAGCAGUAGUCACAAUAGCAUGAACAGUAGCAGUAGCCACAGCAGCAAGAACAGUAGCAGUAGCCACAGCAGCAAGAACAGUAGCAGUAGUCACAGCAGCAAGAACAGUAGCAGUAGUCACAGUAGCAAGAACAGUAGCAGUAGCCACAGCAGCAAGAACAGUAGCAGUAGUCACAAUAGCAUGAACAGUAGCAGUAGCCACAGCAGCAAGAACAGUAGCAGUAGCCACAGCAGCAAGAACAGUAGCAGUAGCCACAGCAGCAAGAACAGUAGCAGUAGCCACAGCAGCAAGAACAGUAGCAGUAGCCACAGCAGCAAGAACAGUAGCAGUAGCCACAGCAGCAAGAACAGUAGCAGUAGUCACAAUAGCAUGAACAGUAGCAGUAGCCACAGCAGCAAGAACAGUUUGUGGCUAAAUGCUUGA